UCACAAUCGGAAAAGCAAACAUAAAAUAAAAUAUAAAUAUACUUUAAUAUAAAAAAAUUAAAAAAAAAAAAAAGGAAACCCAAUCACAGUAGAAUGUCAGUGAAAAAUAAAUUCAAUUUUUUUACGAGGCAAGGUAUCAAUUGGUUAUGCAAGUAAGCAAGGAACCCUUUUGUUCCGUCUCUUUAUGUAGAUUCACUCUCUGCUUCAAGUAUUCUUCCUUGCCUUGAUCGCCACUAUUACUAUAUAACUUUCUUCUCUCAUCCCAAUUUGCUCACACACAAAGAGUGUAGCAUGGCUCACAACACCAAUGUACCUCUCACGCUCUUAUUCAUCUUCAUUACUCUUGCAUCAGUGGCAAAAAUUUUUGCAAGCGCUAGAAGAAUUAUCAUAGUGAAUGUGUGCAAAGAGACAGUGUGGCCUGGGAUAUUUGCAUGGGGUGAUUAUGAUGGUGGUGAAGGUUUUGCAUUGAAACCAGGCCUAUCUAACUUCUAUAACGCCUCAGAUAAAUGGAGUGGCCGCAUAUGGGCAAGAACUGGUUGCAGUUUCAGCAACAGCACCAGCUCUUGCCAAACAGGAGGCUGCGGCCCUUCCAUAAAUUGUACAGGACCAGGGAGUAAGCCGGUCACAAUUGCUGAGUUUACCCUCAGUCCCGACAUCGAUUUUUAUGAUGUUAGCCUUGUAGACGGGUUCAACGUACCUAUAUUGAUUCAACCUCUCAGUGGCAAAGGAAACUGUAGCAGAGCAGGUUGUGAUGGAGACUUGAGGCAAAGUUGCUCCGAUGAUCUUGCUGUUAAAGAUACGGGGAAGGUGAUAGGCUGCCGUAGCGCAUGUGACAAGUUCAACACGGAUGAUUAUUGCUGUAGAGGCAUGUAUGGAGAACUUGGCUCAUGCUCUCCUUCCAACUAUUCCAGGAGCUUCAAAAAAGUGUGCCCUGCAGCGUCAAGCUAUGCAUUUGAUAGCAAUUCAAGUGUUAUUACAUGUUCUGGUACAGAUUAUGUUGUUGCCUUCUGUGCAACAAGGAACCAAACAGUUUGCUCUUACCAAGCAAAUAAACUUUCGUGUAAUCAACCGAAUGGCGUAAAAGCAUUCUCUCAGAACCGGUGGCUCCUCCUGAUGCUGGUGUUGCCAAUUACAUUAAAUCUACAAGCAAUUCUUUAGAAAAUCAUGUACACCAAUUGUGAUCCAUGAAAUUAUGCUUUAAGCUCCUGUUCAAUGUCCAUUUUGAAAUCUAAUGAAAUGAUUCCUGCAA